CUCACUCAAAUACCUCGACUUGCCCUCACCCCUUUCUCUCUUUCUCUGCGUUCACUUCUCCCUUUGAUCAUCCAAAAUCUCUUAACCAUCAUUCCUUGGAAGCAAAGAAGAUAAUCGAGUCAAUUGGCUUUUGUGCUAUUUGUCAGACAUAGGAGAGUGAAUGUGUUAAUGGAGACCAAAGGUGGCAAUAAGAAGAGCAGAAGCUGUAGUUGUAACAAUAGGUCCGUGCUGUACGAAGUCCCUCUUGGAUAUCGCAUUGAAGACGUUCGACCACACGGCGGCAUUGAAAAGUUCCGAACUGCUGCAUACUCCAACUUCCUGAAGAAACCAUCCUGAGAUUCCUUCAAGGACAUUGGUUGCAUCCGUAGAAUAAAAAGCUUCCCAUUUUCUAGUUUGAUUUUCUUUUAUUUUCAUCAGAAGAUUUGAUUUCAAGAGCCCAAAUCCCAAAGAACCCGGUUGAAGCAGUUGAUCACUCAAAGGGUUGCCAGGAGGCUGCUCAGUGCGACAAGCAAUGGCCGUGUUAACUGAACCGACCACCGAGUCACCAAUUCAGUCCCCGAUCGGGUUUGAGGGCUUUGAGAAGCGCCUUGAGAUCACCUUUUCCCCUGCACCAAUUUUCACCGACCCUCACGGACUCGGCCUCCGAGCUUUAACCCGGAGCCAGCUUGAUUCAAUCCUUGGGCCUGCCUGCUGCACCAUAGUGGCCCAGCUUUCGAACUGUGAGUUGGACUCAUAUGUCCUCUCAGAGUCAAGCCUCUUCGUGUACCCGCUGAAGAUAAUCCUCAAAACAUGUGGGACCACUAAGCUGCUUUUGUCUAUCCCGCCAGUUCUAGAGCUAGCAGAGUCGCUCUCCCUCUGUGUCGACUCGGUUAUGUACUCGCGGGGCAGCUUCAUUUUCCCAAAUGCCCAGCCUGCUCCACACCGGAGCUUCGCCGAGGAGGUUGCGGUCCUCAAGUGCUUCUUUAAAGACCUGACCGGGGCCGCAUAUGUUAUCGGAGAUCCCAGAACUGUUAACCGGAAGUGGCAUGUGUACUCUGCCUGUUCUAAGCCGUCACAUUGGAACGGCCAAACUGAUGUGAUCGGGAUUGAAAUGUGCAUGACUGGCUUGGCCAAGAAGAGGUCAGCUACAUUUUUCAAGAGUUCAGAUGGCAAAACCCGCUCUGCACAUGAAAUGACGGAGAACUCUGGGAUAAACAAGAUCAUCCCGGGACAUGAGAUCUGCGACUUCAACUUUGACCCCUGUGGAUAUUCGAUGAACGGGAUCGACGCUGCAGCCUACUCCACCGUGCACGUAACCCCAGAGGACGGCUUUAGCUACGCAAGCUAUGAGGCCUCAGGAUUCAAUCCAAGGUCCGUGAAAUUUGACUUGCUGAUCAAGAAAGUUUUGGAGUGCUUUGAGCCCCAAGAGUUCUCGGUGGCGGUCACAUGCGGGGCACAUGACAAGUGGUGGACCAAAGGAUCGGCUUUCGUAAAGGGCUACCUCGGCAGGCCCAUUGUGGAGCAGGAGCUGCCCGGUGGCUCAGUUGUUGUGUACCGGAGUUACAAGAAGGAGCAGAGGGGGCAUACUGUAGUGCACUGCCCUUUUAAGGUGGCUAAAGCGUGCAGGGAAGAGGCAGCGGAGGCGGUAGAGGAGGUGGUGGAUGAGGCCUGAGGACAGCGCGGUUGCGUGUCGGGCCAGUGUUUCACCGGCAUAGAGUCCGUCGCUUACAAAGGAAAUAGAAGUCCGAAUAAAGGGUAUAGUUAGCCCCACUUAUGGAAAUUAAACCUGUAAAGCACGGGCGUACAUCACUACACUACAAUUCCUUUUUCGCCGGCCUAGUGUUUAUGUUAUUGGGAAAUAAUGUUUUCUGCUUCUGCUUGGGUCGCUUUUUAGUCGACUAAGGGUGAGACGGAACAUAGUGUGUGUUUUAACGAUUGGAUUCCUUGUUAAUAGAAGCUGUGAAUUGGACUUCUCUUUUU